AAAAAAAACUUUUUGUAGCGUAGGAAUCAACAGCCGCCGCCAUCUUGACGCGGCUCCGAAUCGGGUUUCUGGGGGAGAAUUAUAUGUCCAGAAACCGAGCGCAGCCAGCCCCGGCGGACCACGCACGGCAUUUUCCCGGGCCAAAUGGAACCGCGAGCCCUUGCGACGAGGAUUAAUGCAAACAUGUAAGGACGACUGGGCAUUUUGUCGUGCCCAAAGAUCGCCGUGUAUUUGAUUUCCCUUUUAGAGAGCGGCGCUUCUCGCCGUCCGUCCAUCCCCAGACGCGGUAUUUUCGAGCGCGACAGCCACCGGAAAAAUAAACCGCCUCAAAGGAAAUAUUUUUAGAUUUUUGCUCUUUUUAUCGGAGCCUGAGGUGGAUUUUAAGCCGGCUCGUUUGGACGGCAAAAAAGAGUGACUCCGCUUGGACGCGUCGCCGGCGAAUGUCGCCGAAAUGUCCUCGCGUUGGCUUGGUGUAAUAUUUCCUGAUUGCUUUUUAUUUAUUGCUAUGGAGUGGAAAUAAUUUUGCAUGCGGUUUUUGGGGGGAAAUUAUGUGGGUGCUGGAUGUUGGAUUGUCAUGGGGUGAUCUCCGGCGACGAAGAGGGGCGCUGUUGCCUUUCUUUUGAAACCUCUCACCGGGAAGCAUUUUGCCACUCAAGGAAAAAAAAAAUCAAGCCGGUACCAUUGAUUCUUUUUUACUCGCUGCCAUAAGAGAAGGUUUGCAAUUACAAUAAAAGAAGCCCGGGACCACCCCAGACUAAGCAGCCAGAAUGGCUGACAAUCUGCUGGAUGUCGGACCUCCCACUGCAAAGCGACCCAAACUCAAUUCAUCGCUUUCGGCGUCGGACGGACCAGAUCUCGUCUCCCUGUUUGACCUGGAAAAUGACCUUCCGGACGAGCUCAUCCCCAACGGAGACCUGUCUCAGAUGGGAAUGUCGUCGAAUGGCGGUGGAGGAGGCCCUGUUCUCAACUCCAUCAUCCCGGACGCCGCCGCCAAACACAAGCAACUGUCGGAGCUCCUGCGGCCGGGUAGCUCGUCCAUCUUGGCAAGUUCUCUCAAUUCCACCAGUCCCCAACAGGGCGGCGCGGCGGGAGGCCAGCUCGGAGUCACGCUGGGGAAAGGUCAGCUCGGGCAGGGCUCCCCCAAUUGUCGCUCUCCCCAGGGCCAAAAAGUAGCUGCCGCUAUAGGGCAAGGCAACGGAGGUGUGGCCUUCAAUCAGGCUCUGUUGAACAGCGGCCAAGGACAUGGGUUCCCGGGCCCGGCCAGGCAGGUGAUGAAUGGAGCUCUGGGAGCAGUGGGUCGAGGAAGACCUGGCGUGCAGUACCAGAGCCAAGGUACGGCGGGGGCGCCGGGAGCUGGAGCGCUUGCCGAGACGCUCGCCCAAGGAGAGCCGCUGUUGGCCGGACACAACUCGUUGACUGCUCAGCAAGCGGGACGCGUCAAUAAGAUGGGGAUGUCCACAGCUCCGUUUGGCCAGCAGUACGCUCAGCAGAUCGGGCCCGUGGCUGUCAAUGCCCAACAACUCCAGCGCAAGACAGCCCUUCCCAACAGUCUACCCCAGUUUCCAUCGGAGCUAAAAGGAGCCGGCGGUGUGGCCAACAUGAUGCAGCAGCAAGUCACGUCAGCGGGGAUCUUACCCGGCGGUGGCAUGGGUGGCGGCAUUAGUGGCGGCAGCAGCGGAGCGUCAGCUGGUCCGACAGCCGAUCCCGAGAAGCGCAAACUUAUUCAGCAACAGCUGGUUCUGCUGCUCCACGCGCACAAAUGCCAGCGGUGGGAGCAGGCCAACGGCGAGGUGAGGGCCUGCACUCUGCCCCACUGCCGCACCAUGAAGAACGUCCUCAACCACAUGACCCACUGCCAGGCGGGCAAGUCUUGCCAGGUGACCCACUGCGCGUCGUCCAGACAGAUCAUCUCCCAUUGGAAGAACUGCACGCGGCACGACUGUCCCGUCUGCCUGCCUCUGAAGAAUGCAAGUGACAAGAGGAAUCAGCAACCCAUGCUAGGUUCCCUUGGGGGCAGCCUGCAGACUGCUAUCGGCACAACAGGGGCCGCCCAGCCAAACGCCCCGCCCAUCAACAGCUCGGCAACACACAUUGACCCCAGCUCCAUGCAGAGGGCCUACGCCGCUCUGGGGCUCCCCUACGGCAACCAGUCUCCUGCUCAGAACCAGGGCCAGGUUCCUGCUCACCACAACCCCCAGGGGCACCAGCAGCUGCAAAAUAUCAACGUGCUCGGGUGUCAUCACAUGAAGCAAAUGGCAGCAGGCACGGGGGUCCCCUCUUUGGACCAGACCGGCUUGCACGGCGACUCCUUGCCCUCCUCACUCAACAAUCCACUGUUGCCAGACGGGUCGACGGCAGGGGGCGUGGAAAACUUGCCUGCCGCCGCCCCGCUCUCCGCUUCGGGAGUCAGGAAGGCCUGGCAUGAGCACGUCACUCAGGACCUGCGCACCCACCUGGUGCACAAACUAGUACAAGCCAUAUUCCCAACCCCAGACCCUGCAGCACUGAAGGACCGCAGAAUGGACAACCUGGUUGCGUACGCGCGCAAAGUUGAGGGCGACAUGUACGAGUCAGCCAACAGUAGGGACGAGUAUUACCACUUCCUGGCGGAGAAGAUCUACAAGAUCCAGAAGGAGCUGGAGGAGAAGCGGCGCCUGCGGAUCCAGAGGCAGCCUGGCACGGUGCCUUCAGUGACUCAGGCCACGGGCCCGCUGGGACAGCCCGUCCGACUUCCCAAUGGACCUGCACCUAUGCCAAAUCAGAUCAUGAACCGUCUGCACGUGACUCAAGCACUUAACGCGUACAACGCGAUGCAAAACGCGCAGACGUCGCAGGCGGUCUUGGGGCCACGAGCUCCCUCGCACAUGAAUCAUCCCUCGCAGCUGAACGUGAACUCCAUCCCGGCAAUGGCCAUGUCCCCUUCCAGAACAGCACAGAAUCCUGGAAUGAUAGCUAAUCACGCAGGCAACAUGCUUCCUCAGCCAGCCAACCAGACUCAGUUCUUGCCACAGGCACAGUUUGCCGCCGCCGGAGCCAUGAAUGUGAACGUUGGUGUGGGUCAGCCAGCAACACAACCGGGUACACAGCACCAGAACUCCAGCCUGCCUCUGAAUGAGCCGGGCACGCUGGGCACCCAGGUGCCCCAGGUGCCGGGCACGCCUCCGCCCAACUCUUGCGCCAGCCUCCCAAUGCAACAGCAUCACCCGCCCUUUCAGGCCCCGCUGCCGCAGCAAUCUUCCACUCCCGGCUCGACGGGGGGACCAGCCUCCAAGCCGGGCCACCUCACCGGCGGCCACCCGAGUCCACCGUCUGUCAUCGGUACGCCGCCCGAGCCUUCCCGGCCACUCACGCCACUACGGCCGCAGCCCGAGCCCCCCAACCAAACGCACCAGCCAACAUUGAUGCGGGCGCAGUAUCCUGGCACACCGAUGUCACAGGCCGCUGCCAGCGCCAACAGCAGAGCGCCCAUCCCGGCCUCUGUGGCCGAGGUCGACUCACAACAGAACCUGCCAGACGUGACCGCCAAUUCGGAAGAGAAAGAUGAUGAUGAAGAUGAUGAAGAUGACAGUCAUUCGGGGGGCAAGCAAACUGGAAUCAAAGUGGAGCAAGCUGAUGAAGCCAAGCCCUCUCUGGUGAAGAAGGAGCCGGAUGCAGCUGAGCCAAAGCAGGAACCGAUGGACACCGAAGAAAACAAGCCAGCGGGGAAGACGAAACCCAUAGAAGAGGCGGAAAGUGGGGGCAAUGCCGCCGCUAUUCAGAGCCGCAAAAAAAUUUUCAGACCCGAAGAGCUCAGACAAGCUCUAAUGCCGACGCUCGAGGCCCUCUACAGGCAAGACCCUGAGUCUCUGCCUUUCAGACAGCCCGUGGACCCCCUGCUGCUCGACAUUCCGGACUAUUUUGACAUUGUGAAGAACCCCAUCGACCUGUCUACUAUCAAGCGCAAACUUGACACGGGCCAGUACCAGGAGCCGUGGCAGUACGUGGACGACGUGUGGCUCAUGUUCAGCAACGCCUGGCUGUACAACCGCAAGACUUCACGCGUUUACAAAAACUGCAGCAAGCUGGCCGAGGUCUUUGAAAUGGAGAUCGAGCCCGUCAUGAAGUCGCUAGGCUACUGCUGCAGCCGCAAGUACGAGUUCUCCCCGCAAACGCUGUGCUGCUACGGCAAACAACUGUGCACCAUCUCAAGGGACGGCGUCUACUACAGCUAUCAGAACAGGUAUCACUUCUGUGAGAAGUGCUUCAAUGAGAUCCAGGGCAACAGUGUGACGCUCGGGGACGACCCGGCCCAGUCGCAGACCAUGAUAUCCAAAGAGCAGUUUGAGAAGAAGAAAAAUGACAUGUUGGACUCUGAACCGUUUGUAGAAUGUCAAGAUUGCGGACGCAAGAUGCAUCAGAUCUGCGUACUGCAUUACGAGGUCAUUUGGCCGUCUGGCUUCAUCUGUGACCACUGUUUGAAGAGGUCUGGCAAAACAAAAAAGGAGAACAAGUUUUCAGCUAAAAGGUUGCAGUCAACGAGGUUGGGGACGUACAUCGAGGACCGGGUCAAUAAGUACUUGAAAAGGCAGAACCACCCAGAGGCCGGCGAAGUGUUUGUACGAGUGGUGGCCAGCUCUGACAAAAGUGUGGAGGUGAAGCCCGGAAUGAAAUCCAGGUUUGUGGACUCGGGCGAGAUGGUGGAGAACUUCCCUUACAGAACCAAAGCGCUUUUUGCAUUUGAAGAAAUUGACGGCGUGGACGUUUGUUUCUUUGGCAUGCACGUCCAGGAAUAUGGCUCGGAUUGCCCUUUUCCAAAUACCAGGCGGGUUUAUAUAUCGUACCUGGACAGUAUUCACUUCUUCAAACCACGCAUGCUCAGGACUGCCGUUUACCACGAGAUCCUCAUCGGAUACCUGGAGUAUGUCAAGAAACUGGGGUAUGUGAUGGGUCACAUCUGGGCCUGCCCACCCAGCGAAGGAGACGACUACAUUUUCCACUGCCACCCUCCCGACCAAAAGAUCCCCAAGCCCAAGCGGCUGCAAGAGUGGUACAAGAAGAUGCUGGAGAAGGCUUUUGCCGAGAGAAUCCUCCAUGAUUUCAAGGACAUUUUCAAGCAAGCUACAGAAGAUAGGCUGACCAGCGCCAACGAGCUGCCGUACUUCGAGGGCGACUUUUGGCCCAACGUGCUGGAGGAGAGCAUCAAAGAAUUGGAGCAGGAGGAGGAGGAGAGGAAGAAGGAGAACACUGUCUCCUGUGGGACACCAGAGGGAUCCCACGCCGACAGUAAGAAUGCUAAGAAGAAGAACAACAAGAAAACCAACAAAAAUAAGAGCAGCGUCAGCCGAGCCAACAAGAAGAAGCCCGGGAUGCCAAAUGUGGCCAACGAUCUGUCCCAAAAGCUCUAUGCCACCAUGGAGAAGCACAAAGAGGUGUUUUUUGUCAUCCACCUUCACUCUGGGCCUGUCAUCAACACAUUGCCUCCCAUCAUGGACCCCGACCCUCUGUUGGCAUGCGACCUGAUGGACGGCCGCGAUUCCUUCCUGACCUUGGCCCGAGACAAGCACUGGGAGUUCAGCUCUUUGCGGCGGUGCAAGUGGAGCACCAUGUGCAUGCUGGUAGAGCUGCACAACCAGGGCCAGGACCGCUUUGUGUACACCUGCAACGAAUGCAAGCGCCACGUGGAGACUCGCUGGCACUGCACCGUCUGUGAGGACUACGACCUAUGUGCUAACUGCUACAAGACAAAGGGCCAUGAACACCAGAUGGUGAAGUGGGGAUUGGACUUGGAUGACGACAGCAACUCCCAGGGCACAGAGUCCUCCAAGAGCCCCCAGGAAAGCCGACGUCUCAGCAUCCAGCGCUGCAUUCAGUCCCUGGUCCACGCCUGCCAGUGCCGCAACGCCAACUGCUCCCUGCCGUCCUGUCAGAAGAUGAAGCGGGUGGUUCAGCACACCAAAGGCUGCAAGCGCAAGACCAACGGUGGCUGCCCCGUCUGCAAGCAGCUCAUCGCCCUGUGCUGCUACCACGCCAAACACUGUCAGGAGAACAAGUGCCCCGUGCCCUUCUGCCUCAACAUCAAGCAUAAACUCUGUCAGCAGCAAAUCCAGCACCGCCUCCAGCAGGCUCAGCUGAUGCGCCGCCGAAUGGCCACCAUGGCCGGAAGGGGCGCACCAGUGCCGUCCCCGCCUCCCUCCGCUCCUGGCACGCCCAACUCUGUGCAGCAGCCUCACACGCCGCAGACCCCGCAGCAGCCGCUGCAGCCACCCCCCAACACGGUUCAAGGCUUCCCCAACAACGGCCGCGGCAGCAGCCAACCCCUGAUGCCUGUCCCACAGGGCAAACAGGGCCCCCAGUCGUCCCCACUCCACCAGCAGCAGUCACCUCUGCCCACCUUGCCGCAGCAACCUCAGCCACAGAUGCUGCCGCAGCUGCAACAGCAGCAGCAACAGCAGCUGACGGCCUUAAAAGUGGCCCAACAGAUGGAGAUGGCCGAGAUGGCCACCAAGGCAAAGCAACAGCAGCAACAAAGUUACGCCAUGAACGGGAUGCCCAUGAACCACCCACGCAUGAUGGGACCCAUGCAGGGGAUGCAGAUGAUGCGAGGCCCGCCCCAACGGAUGCAGACUAUGCAGCAGAGCCAGUGGGGUCCCGGAAUGCAGAAAGCCCCUGGCCAGCUGCAACAAGGCAUUGUGGCCCCCCAGCAAGCUCAGGGAGCCACCAUGGUGCAGCAAGGUCAGCUCAUGCAUAGAGCCAUGAUGACCCAGCCGCAGGGGCUUCAAAUGCAGCAGGGCAUGACAACUACGCUGCAGCAGCAGCCGCAGCAGAACGUACCACGAGGGAUGCCCAGUAACAUUGCGCCCAACGCUUUGCAGGAGCUACUGCGAACUCUCAAGUCUCCUAGCUCGCCGCAGCAGCAGCAGCAGGUCCUGAACAUCCUCAAGUCCAACCCGCAGCUCAUGGCCGCCUUCAUCAAGCAGCGGACAGCCAAGUACCAAGCCAGCCAGCCAUCGCAGCCACAGCAGCAGCAGAACCCCCAAAGCAUGGCGGCCAUGCAGGCCAUGAUGCAGGUGCAGAGGCCCGGGACCCUGCCUCAGCAGCAGCAGCAGCCUACACAACAGGUGGCUCUGGCCCCCAUGGGACCCCAAGGCCAGAUAAUCAAUGUGGCUCAGAAUGGGAACCCUCAGCUUUACCACAGACAGCAAUUGUUGAGGAUGCAACAGCAUCAGGCAGGCAUGCCUCAGACGCACGCUCAGUACCAGCAGCAGCAGCCACCGCCGGCGGCAAGUUACUCGCACCUCUGCUUGCAGCAGCAUCAAAUGGCUAUGCAAGGAGGUGUCAAGCCGAUGGGCCAGCUCCCUCCCUCGUCCCAAAUGUCCAUGGACGGAGCCCAGAAACUCCUACAGCAGCGCAUGCUCCAGCAGCAGCAGAUGUUGAAGCAGCAGAUGGGAUCGCCGGCCCAGGCCAUGAGCCCCCAGCCACACAUGCUUCAAGGCCAGGCGAUAGCGGCGGCAGCUCACCUGCCCGGUGCCCCAGUUAUGGGCAACCCUUUGAGCAGCCAGGUGCGCUCGCCAGCCCCAGUCCAGUCUCCUCGGCCGCCCUCGCAGCAGCCCCAGCAUUCCAGUCCUUCCCCGCGGAUACAUCCGCAGCCUUCGCCCCAGCAUGGCGCCCUUCUCUCCAGCUCCCCUCAUCCCAUCAUCGGGGUCUCCAUGGAGCAGGGACAUAUGGGGACUCAGGAACAGAGCGCCAUGCUGCCGCAGCUUAACGCACCCAACCGAGGGGGCUUGAGUACUGACAUGGGCAUGGUGGGGGACACCACGGGAGACACGCUGGAAAGAUUUGUUGAAGGAUUGUAGCAGAAAGUUGGGAAACUCAAGUUACAUGUUUUGUGACCUUUCGGCGUUUUGUUCCAACCCCGGGCCAUUUUCUCCGUCACUGCUGCAAAGGACAUAUUUUGGGUUCAGAGCAGCCAUGCAAGAAUCAAUGCUGUGGUCUUUGUGUUGUUAAAAGUAUAUUUUCAUUUGUUUAUGCUCUUCUAUUUUUUUUAACAAAGCCUCUCAAAACAAAAAUCCCCUCCCUUUUAUUUUUCAUUUCAAUCCAUUUUGUACCUUUGCAAAUAAUUAUUGUGUUUGUGUUGAGUAAGGCUGCAAAGUUAAUGUGGGAUUUUUUUUCCCUUUUUUUUUUGUUGCCAGGUUUCACUUCUCAGUUCCAGACUAAUUUAUUCUAAGAUGCCAUUUUUCAAAAAGGACUGCCUUUUGGGAAAGCCUUAAUUUUCUUCCUGCUUGCAGAUCCAAUGGAGGAUUACCAUGUUUGUAUAGAUUUAGGAACUAUUGCACAGCAACAAACACAACAGGCAGGUGUUCGAAAGCCAGAAAUUUUUUUUCUACUCUCCUUGGCUCAGUAUUUGUCUUGCAUAUGUGCAAAUAAUCACUUUGUCUCUUUUUCAGUCCUAAUGGUUUCUCUGAGUCCUGCUCUUCUUUUGCCUGUGGUGAGAAAUGAACAUGUUGAAACUGCUGAUUUGUGUUCGGAGUUCUGUGCAUCAUUUUCUAUCUUCCAUUAAACUUGAAUCCACGAUGACCUGUCUAAUGUAAAUCAGGCAGCUCGACAGCACUGUAAAUAUGCAGAUAAUAAGAAGAUAUCACUGUACAAACCAGUUCAGGAUGGUUCAUUUCCUACUUAUAUACCAUAUUGUUUAAUAAACCUGUGAGCCACA